AUUGUUAGAUAUAUAAGUAAGACAUGUUUUAUUGAUUGAAACAUCGAGAAGAAUGUUCAAUAUGUUAGUUUUAAAUGGAAAUAUAGAACUCUUUAUUUAAAAGAAAUUGAAAUAUAAAUUUUGAUUUUUAUUCAUGUUACAAUUUUGUGAAUUUAUUGAAUUUCGUUUCGAAUAUUGAUAGAUAUACAUUGCAUUUAACUUAUUCAUUUAGAAAAGUAAAUAUUCAUUCAGUUUUGAUAUAAUAUUAUCAAUAGACUUGUUUUUUUUUUACAAGGACAUCAAUACAAGAUUCCUUCGAACUUAUAGAAGUCAAGUAGCUUCUCAUUUGUUAAAUUUGUUGAACUGUUAAUUAAUCUCAAAUAGAAUAAACUUUUUUCUUCCUUCAUUCUAUGAUUAAUCUAUAUCGGUUAUGAAGAUGAGAUUUUAUAAAUAGAAAUCUGAAAGAAUAAUUUACUCUAUAAGUCAAAACAUAUCCUGUUUCUCUAUUGAUAUAUCACUUAUGCAUUCAAGUUGACACUGAAAACAUUGUGUAUAAUUAUUAACUAGAUUUUUCAAUUCUCUUCAAUAUGAAAUAAACUUAUUAGCUAACUAUAAUAAGUAUUUAACAAAAAUCAUCUUCUGAGUUUGUUCUAUCAGUUUUAUUCAUAAGCAGAAAAGAUUUAUUCAUGAUAUUAAUAAGACAAAUUCAUUUGCCAUCAUAUUUAAUCAACAUUGAUUCAGCAAUGUUCAGACUUCCAAAAAAGGAAAUUACUGAAAUUUUAGAAGUAAUACCUCUAAAAGCUCCGUUGUCUCAAAAAAUUUGGUAAUUUCUGAAAUUUCCAAAAUUUUCAUAACUUGUACUUGCGGAAAUUUCCACAAUUUCCUUUUUUGGAAAUCCGAACAUACUUCCCGCUUUGAUUUAUUUUUUAAAUAUCCCAUGAUUUUAAAUGUUUUACAUUAAAAUGCAAUACUUGCUUAAGAUGUUGUAAUUUAUAUCAUUCAGAUUGUUAUUAUCAUUGCAUAUAAUAUUCGUAUGUUAUACUCUAACAAGUUAUAACUAUUGGCAUAUUGAAAAUACAAAGAAUUUUUUUAACUUAAGUAACACAAGUACUAAUUGUUCGCAUUUUAUUUGAAUAAAAACAAAAUAAGAAAUAGAAUAUUUAAGAAAUUUUAAGACACGUAAAAUCUAUUUUCGUUCUAUCUUAACAUAAAUAUAUUAUGAUUUUUAUUACAUAUAAUAGUAUGUAGCUAAGUUUCUCUGUAAUUAAAAUUAAUUGGAUUUCAUGAUGUUUUUCAAGAAUCUUUAACGUUUUCUAUUUGUAGUAAAAUUAAUAAUUAAGACGUAAUUUGAUCAUUAUGAUGACAUUCUUUAUCAUAAUUGAUAAUAACAGACAGUUUUAUUAAUAAUAUAGUAGGCUGAGACAAUGAAGAAGAUUGACACAAUGUGUAUUAGUUCAUAUAGAAAACGAUCUAGAUAACUCAUUUAUUACAUACUUCUUUGUGUAAGAAUUGAUUUCUCGAUGUCAUUCCUAGUUUGGUUUGAAAUAAUAGCAGCAUGCAUAACGUAAAUUAAUAUUAUAUUUUGUUUUAUUCAUAUUUUAUUAUUGUAUUUAGUUAUGGUUUGGGUUUUAUUGGUAAUAUACUAUCAUUAAUUAUAUUCUUUUCACAAGAAGAAUUUCGACAUGUUUCAACUGGUGUAUUAUUUAUUCUUAUGACUUUAUCAAAUAAUAUUCAUUUAUGGACAUUAAUAACAGAAUUUCUUGCUGUAUUUAAUAUUUAUGUUUAUUCAGGUGUAGUUUUACGAUGUCGAUUAAAUUAUUUUAUACAAAAUCUUAGUCGAACAAUGAGUACUUAUUUAGCUGUUACUAUUGCAUUAGAUCGAUUAAUUCGUUCAGAAUUACCAAUGCGUUCAAGAAUAAUUUGUACACGUCAAAAUGUUCUUAAAUUAACUUUAGUUUAUUUAAUUAUUUUUUCUAUUCUUUAUUCAUUUUGGUUUUGUCCAAUGAUUACAUUGAAUCCUAUAACGAACACAUGUUAUAGUGGUCAAUCACCAAUAUUUAGUGAUUUUAUUGGUAAUAUUUAUUUACCAGUUCGAUUAAUUAUUGUUUGUAUUAUUCCAGUUAUUAUUAUGAGUUUAGCAAAUAUUCGUAUGUUAUUUAAUAUACGACAAUCUCGUCGACGUGUUGAUCCAAGAAAUCAAAUCGAUAAUACAAAUAUUCCUGCAGUAAGUACUAGUAUAAUAACAAAUGGACGAAUGACACCAAUUGAUCGAAUGUUAUUUUAUAUGAUGUUAAUUAGUGUUGGUACAUUUGUUGUAACACAAAUUCCAUUUAAUAUUUAUUCACUCGUACGAGCUAAUUAUGAAACAUUAGAUAUGUAUACUCAUUUAUUAGUUCGUGCAAUACUUUUAAUUUGGUCAAGUAUUUAUUUUGGUAUUGGAUUUUAUUUAUAUUGUUUGGCAUCACCACUUUUUCGUGAAAAAUUCAUUCGUGUGACUAAAAAACUAAUUACUUUUAUAUGUAGACUUCGUCCAGCAUGA